AUUUUUUUGGCCUUUUCUUUUGGGGUCUGGCCAUCAAACCUGAUUGACUUUAUGGGCCUUUUCACCUUUCACAAUCUCAGUCACACUGACUCCUGAUUGAACUGUUCUUUCCACCACCAUUAUUUACUACCUUCAGAGGGUCUCUGUCGGUGGAAAAACUCCUGCAUUUUCAAGUCAUUUUUUUAUUUUCCCAUUUUUUCCUUUCUCUUGAAUGAUUUAGAAGGGGUCUAUAUAAUAUAAGGUUGUGUUAUUUUCACGUUAUUCUUUGUGAUCAUGUCACAUUUACUGGAGUUGGUGGUGGUCUGCUAGCCAGCUACUUGUGUACUAUAUAUAUUAAUCAGUAUUUCCAAACAUUUCUUUAUUAAUAAACAUUACAAUCAUCUUCUUCUUCACUUAACUGGCUGCUGACCGGUUAUAUUGAUGAUAUAUGAUGUUUGAUGAUGACGAUGAUUUGACGGUCUUCUUCAAAUUGGGCUCUCCAGAAAACUUGUUCUGAGCUUCAGUACUUAUCAGGUUGACUAGUAACAAAUGGCUCGGUGCAUGUUCUUGUUAUCUGGGAUCAAUUUGGAUAUUUCUUCUCAGUUUCCAGUUUUCUUUGCUGUAGCUAAAUUCAUCCUCUCUUUAAUAUCUUUACAAUCAUUGAUCAACAUGCAUGGUGGGCUUAACUUGUGUUGUACAAGUCAGUUGCCUAGCUAGCAGUUUUGGUGCUUAUUUUGGUUUUUGGUUCUUCCUAGUUUUGGGGUUUGGUAUGGUUUCCCAAGCUGUUUUUAGCAGUUUUUCUUGGUGGUUGGUGAAUAAUUUAUUCUGGUAGAGGACCAUAUUCAUAUAUACAGGCUCAAUUAUGAUGUCUUCCCAUGCAUAUUAAAUGCUGUUUUUAACAUUUUUAUGUCAUUAUUGCCCAGAAUCCGGCAAAUACUGUUGCUGUACUAGUUUUGGCCCAACAACUGCAGAGUUGUUUAUUGUACAGAGAUCCCACAUGGCUAGUAAUUCUUGUCAGAUAAUUUCUUUAAAGUUUGAUGGUGAUGUAGUUUAUGUUGAACCUUUUAGGAAGUAGUAUGACAAUGUGAUUAAACCUUGACCUAGUUAUGUUCAAAAAUCAUGUCGAAAUCAAGUAAACCAAGUUUAGUCAAGAGGGAAAUGGGGUUACAAGGGAUAAGAUCAAAUAGAGUGCUUCUAAUUGUACCCUGCUGUUUUUUCAGAAGUUAACAAAUGUUUGUUUCAUUGGGUGAUUGGAAUCAUUUUACAUGUUUGUCCGUCUGAUACGAUCAAAGGUGAAUAACUUGACCCCUUUUUGUUUAAAAUUGCAGUGCUAAAGUUGUUUUGAUGGCAGAUAGCUUCAAGUAGUUUUGUUUCUUAGUGAGGAUGCUAAUUAAAGAAUCAAAUACGGUACUGUGGAUGUGAAGAACUAACAGCGAUCAGUGAAGUGAGUCAUGGAUCAGAAAACAUGGCUAUGGAGGAAAAGGUCCUCAGAGAAGACAAUUAUUGCGAAUGGUAAAAAUGGUUUUGAUUUGAAGGGAAAAGUUGAGGAGGUCAUUCUCCCAAAUGAAAAAGAAGCAGCUCUUGAGGAAACUGUGAAGAUUCUUACUGAGAAGUUAGCUUCUCUUACAAGUGAAUGCACUGCUAAAGAUGAGCUUCUAAAAGAUCAAGGAGAACAGAUGCAAGAAGCUGAAGCAGGUAAGGAGAAAGCUGACAAGGAAAUAUUGCUGCUAAAACAGCAACUGGAUGAAGCUUCAGCGCAGAAAUUGGCAGCAAAUGAAAGGCUCAGUAAUUUGAAUGCUGCCUUUAAGGAUUGUAUGGAGCAGUUAAAGUCAGUCAGGGAAGAAAAAGAGCAAAGCGUACAUGAUGUGAUAGCAAGAACAUCAACUGAAUAUGAGAAGGCACACAAAAAACUGGAGGACAAAUUGGCAGAAACAAGCAAAAAGGUAGCGAGUUUGACCGUAGAAAAUUCUCAUCUUCUCAAAGCUCUCCAAGUGAAAGAAAAACUGAUCGAGGACCUCAGUGACCAAAGGUGUCAGACAGAAGCAGAAUUUAAUGCGCUUAUGGCAAGAUUGGAUUCUGUUGAAAAGGAAAAUGCAUUCCUUAGGUAUGAGUUUCGGAUGCUUGAGAAAGAUCUUGAUACCCGAAAUGAAGAGUUGAAGAUAGUUCGGCGAUCUUUGGAUGCAUCAGAAAAGCACUACGUACAGAAUGUGAACAAGAUGAAGAAGUUAGAAGCUGAGUGCCAAAGGUUACGUGUACUAGUGCGUAAGCGGCUGCCUGCUCCCACACAUUUGGCAACCAUGAAAGCUGAAUUUGAAAUGCAGGAAAGGUUUCAGAUAGAAACAAGGAGACGGAAAAUGAACUCAGUUACAGGAGGUUUAGUUGCCAGGGAAUCUAGCAGAGAAAAUGUCGAGAUCUCUGGUAAGCGAAUUAGUUUUCUGGUGGAGCGUUUACAGAAUGUUGAACAAGAGAACAAAGUGUUGAGAGAUCUUUUGAUGGAGAGACCUAAUGAUCUUUCUCCUUCCCCGAGAGUUUGUAAUCAGGUAGUUCCUUUAUCAUUGAAAGGAGAAUCUCGGGUCGCAGAGCAUCAUAAGGUUGAGACAUCCAGGGAGUUGGAUGCAUCAAUUAUCAGCAGUAACAAGGAUUAUGAAAGGGGUAGUUCUCGGUCUUGGGAUUCCAAUUCAAUCUCAGGGCUGGAGAAUUUCAAGAAUGGUGUCUUGACAAAAACACCAGAGCACAAAGUGUUGGGUAUUAAUGACAUGAGCCUGAUGGAUGAUUUUGCUGAAAUGGAAAAGCUAGCAAUAGUCGCAGUUGAUGUUCCACAUGACAAUGUUUAUGCUUCUUCAGAGGGGCGAAAAAGGUUAUCCGGUUCAUUAAAAGAUGAGAAGUGUCAUGAUCAUGUGGAAUCAACUGGUAUGGAACUUGUUCCUGUAGGACAAGAAUUCGGUGAAUCGACCAUAACACCCACCGGCGACUGGCUUCAAGCAACCUUAAAAACAAUCAUGGAACAAGUCCGUGUUUCAGGAAAAAGCAUUUAUGAACUUCUGGAGGACAUAAAAAUGGCUCUGCAGGCUGAGAUUUAUGAGACCGGAAGUUCCACACCUUCUAAAUCUGAGAUGCUGCCUGUUAGCGGCUAUAUUGCUUGGAGAUCACCAAUAACAUCUCCAAGCGUUGCUUCAUCCAAAGGAGUUCUUGACUUAUGUUCCUCAGUGGAAAACAUUAACCGUGAUCUUACUUUAUCAGUAAGAAAAUCAAUUAAUAGAUUGGUUGAGCUUGUAAGAAGACUUUAUUCUGGAAAUUCAGAGGGGUGCAAUGGGCCAAAAAAAACUGAAGACUAUGCAGUUCAUGUUUUUGGGUGGAAUGCUGAUGAGCUUUGCGAGAUCAUGCAGCGAUUCAUUGGCACUUGUAACCUUAUUUUGGAUGGGAAUUCAAAUUUUGAAAAGUUUUCUGAAGAACUCUCAAUCUUUCUGGACUGGAUUGUAAACAGAUGUAUCACCAAGGAUGGCUAUAGUUCAGGAUAUGAUUUGAAACAACACUUAUGUGGAAAUGUUUGGACAGCAGGUACUGAACUUGGUUCUACACAAAGGCUUUUGCUGGAAAUGGAGAAGAUUCAAUCCAUUCUUGAAUUGGAAAAUAAAGGGUUGAAAACUGAGUUGAGUUCAUUAAAAUCCUCGCAGAAAAGUCUAGAGUUGAGUCUGCAAUCAGCAAGGGAAAAGAGUGAUACCCUUUCAAAUGAUUUUGAGCAUUCACAGCAAAGCAUCCAUAAUCUGAGGAUUGAAUUGGAAACAUUGAGUGAAUCGAAAAGAAUGAUUGAAGAUCAAUUUGAAAAUCAGAAGAUGAUAAAUGAAGAACUUGAUACGCAACUUAAUGUAGCAAGAGCCAACCUGAAUGAUGUUUCACAGAAGUUGUCUUCUCUUGAAGUAGAGCUGGAGGAUAAAAGUCAGUGUUGUGAAGAAUUAGAAGGGACUUGUCUUGAACUUAAACUACAACUUGAAAGCAUGGCCAGCAAGGAUGGUAUGAAGGAUGCUAUAAAUGAAGAGCAGAAGCUACUCCAGACUGUAAGUCCUGCCUCCUUCCAUAGCCUUCCUAGUUCUCAACUUGAAUUAUUAUUUUUAAUUUCAGUAAUAUGAUCAUGAUCCUAAAUUAGGGAUCUCAACUUUCAGUCUUUCACAUUUGCUUUCCCAUCAACAUCAUUUAAUUCUCAUGCAUCAUGCUUCUCCAUUGCAUCCCCAGGACAUCAUUUUGCCCUUUUUAUUUAUCUUUGGGAACAAAAGAAAGGGAAUUCAAGGUAGCUUGCUUUGCCUUAAAUAACAUUUUAAAAUGAACAUUAUCCGCUGGCAAAUGUAUACAUCUUUCUUGCAAACUUGCUUGUUCUGUACUUUUUAUGUUACAGAAUCUGUGAUUCAUUUCAGCAGAAAUGCAGAAUAAUCAUAGAGGGGAAAACUGAGCGCAACAUUGCUGCAUCACAAUUAUAUUUGUUUGUGCUAAUUGAGACAUACCUAACUGAUUAGUCUGAAACCAUAAGGCAAAAGCUGCUGAAUAUGCUAACAACUAUGAUUACUACAUGCUGAAAUUAGCAGGGCUGGGAGAUAAACGCUGCUUCUUUGAAGCUGGCGGAAUGUGAGGCAACCAUUUUCAACAUUGGGAACCAGCUAAAAUCCCUGACUGGUCAGCCAAAUGAAGCAUCCUCGCAUGUUAGCAAAUACUUGUCCAACCCAAGCAAGAAUAACAAGAAGUUGAAGCAGCAUUUUACUUUGCUGGACCGGAUGUUAACUGAAGAUGGCUCAAAAGCUGCACUCGGGACAAAAGAAUUUCGCACCAGCGCUGCUGCACACGUGUUGCAGCCAUCUGAAGGCGGCACUGGCCUGAACAAUUCGACAAGUCUAAAUUCAAACACUGGGGCCAUGGUUGUUUACUCGGGUAGUAAGCGGGGAGGAAGAGGGAUUGGUGUGGUGAGGAGGCUACUACUUUGGAGGAAGAAAGGAAGUAGUAGUAAGAGAACAACUUUCUCUUAAUUAGCUGCUUGAAACAUUUGUAUAUAAAGCAAAUAAAACCUGCAGCUUUGAAUUUGCUUGUGAGUUUGACAACAUUAAUGGAUUCAAUGCACUGUUUUUUUUUCCUGGAUUUGAGUGAAGAGCUUGCUAAUUCUUAAAGGGAUCAUCUGUGAUUCAAAAAGGAUGUUGUCUAAAAUCAUAGAGAAGACAAAAUAUCAGCCCGCCAUGUGAAUUAACAUGACUUCGGGGUGGUGUUUUUGAAUAACCUAUGAUCAUAGUUUUCUUUUUUAUCCAUCUUCAUACCAUUUACCAUCAAAUCCACUGUGCAAAAGUCUAAGUGCUUGUUUAG